CCCGUAGUGCUGAAUGAACGUUGCGUCGUCGGGCGUCCACGAGCCGCAGCAGGAGCAGCUCUGUUCAAAUCUGUAACGGUCGAAUUCUCUCAGGAUCUGUAACGGCCGCACUCGCGCAGGAGCGCGCGGGGGGCGUAACGUUAGCAGCGUUACCUGGAUACAGCAGUUUAUGCGUUAAAAACGCGUAGCGUUACAUUUCGGAGAGCUGACUUCUCUUCCGUCUUUCUGGGAGAGCUCGAGGGAGGACUAUCCGUGGAAUUAACGCUGUAACAGCGAAAGGAGAAGAGGAGGAGGAGGAGGAGGAAAGAGAAAGAAAAAGUGUUCACCGAAUUACGAAUUCGUGAAUAUACGCCUUUUUGGAGUUUUUAGCCUGGUAUGAGGGAAGAUAGCUAACUAAGUUAGUUUACCCUUUCUUGCGAGCUUAAACAACCAAUGGAACUGUUCAAAACGAGCUGCUUUAACUCUCUUUUCAGCGAAAAAAUAAAAAAGGAUAAGCGUAAGAGAGACAUUUGUUUUUUUACGGAGUCCGUUUAAAAUUCGCUGUUUUCUAGUCGUUUUUAAGGAGCUCGGCUGGUGUGAAGGUAACAUUAAAUCCAUACAAUCAAACAAAACGAGCUGCUUCAAAAUAAAAGGAUAAGCGAAAGAGAAACAUUAGUUUUUUACGGAAUUUGGUUUAAAUUCUUUGUUUUCUUGUCUUUUUUUUUAAUUAAGGGUUAGGGAGCUGGUGUGAAGGUAAAUCCAUGAAAUCAUACAAAACAAGCUGCUUCAACUUUCGUUAGCGAAAAAAAAGAAAAAACAGAAAGUGUGAAGGGGGCGUUCCCCCUGCUCGAGAGCAGGCGAGCAGGCAGGCAUCCCCCUCGCGCCGGCCGAGCUCUCGCUGCUCUGCUCGGGCUGCUGCGGAGUUUGGAGACCGUUGGGGUGGCGGAGAUGCGGGGCUCUGCGGGGUUUUCGUACGCGAGAGAAGUUCAGGACGAAUUCCCGUAGUUUGGUCGCAGCCAGCCGUUUCUGCCAGCGCCUCCCUCCCUCCGUAAUGUCAGAUGACCGCGCCGCCGAGCGUGGUUCCUUAACGGCAGAGAGAAAGAUGUGCGCGCUGCUCGGAAUAACGUUACUAACCGGUAACUAACGAGGUUAGCGAAGAUGUGCUCGGACUGACCAGCUGCUGCUGUUGUUCUUGCCGCCGCCCUGCUUUGGAACUAGUUCUUCACCCGAAAGGAAAAUGGCCAAUGAAAGUCCGUACGACAGCCGGGACAUCGUGGAGAAAUAUCUCUACCACAAACUUCUCAAGCGCGGCUACGUAUGGGAGUUCCGCCCGGCCUCCGCCGCUGCCUCCGCCACCGCCGCCGCCGCCAACUCCACCUCCGCAGCCUCAGCGGACGACGACAACGACGACGAGGCCGAGCCUGAGCGCGCCGGGCCCGCGAGGCUGCACCGGCUCCUGCGCGAGGCAGGCGACGAGCUCGAGCGCGCCUACCAGCGGGACUUCGCCGCCAUGUGGGACCAGCUGCGCGUGGGACCGAGCGCGCAGCUCCAGCGCAGCUUUGUGGCCGUGGCGGAGGAGCUGUUCGGGGACGGGGUGAACUGGGGCCGCGUCGUGGCCUUCUUCGAGUUCGGCGGCACGCUGUGCGUGGAGAGCGUGAACCGCGAGAUGGCGUCGCAGGUGGAGCACAUCGCGCGGUGGAUGACCGACUACCUGAACGGGCCGCUGCUGCAGAGCUGGAUCCAGGACAACGGGGGCUGGGAUGGCUUUGUGGAAAUCUACAGUCAGCAGAGAAGGUCCAUUUUCCACCCCUGGCCCUAUCUAAAGACAGUGUUUGGUCUGGCAGCUCUGGGGGCGGCAGGAGUAACCAUCGGAGCUCUCUUCACUCAGAAGUGAUGAGCCUUAUGCCGGAUCUGUAUCAUCCACACCUAUUGCCCUCUCACUUUAUCUCUCUCUCUUCCUCUCUCUCACUCUCUCACUUUCAAUCUCUCUUUUGGCUUGUCAAAGUACUUGAUCUCUCAGCGUAGCACUGCCCUACCUUUCCUUGGACCAAGUCUCCUUUUGCUCCAUUGUCCACUCAAAGUUACAGAGCUGUUCUUCUUUGUUCAGAAUGGAGGAGAAAAGAAUAACGAGGAUUAAGCAAAGGACACAUGGACAAUCGCCGACACAUGCAUACUGACUCCAUCUAUCACUGCCAUGUAUAGAUCUGAAUUUACACACAGGCCCACAAAAUAUGUGCACACCAAACAGAGAUUGAAUCAUGUGAGAUUCCAAAUAAGUGGACCAUAUAAGCACAUAUAAAUAAAUACAAAUAAAGACAUUGAGCUAGCAAAAUAUUAAAUAAAAUGAUGAUUCAGAACAGACACUGUAGAUUUAAAAAAGGUCCACAAAUACAGUUACAGUUCUGCUCAUGGUUCUGUUACUUUAAAGUUUUGUCUGUAGCAUGAGAAGAGAGAUACGUAUUUAAAUAUAAACAUGGCAAGGAAAAGACGACAAGAAAAAGACAAGACGCCCAAGAAUGUUAGCGCUUCCACUGUCUGCAUGUGUGGUGAAAGCUUGAGUGACUAUUUUUAAUGCAUGAUGACCUUUCGAGCAUGUUCCUUCCUGAGCAGGACUUAUUUUAUUUUUUAUCCCUUUUGUUUUUUUCUACUUCUCUAAGUUUGUGUUGAUGUUUCUCAGAGCACCACCACCUGAGAGCACCCGUCAGCCCGGCAGAUGCUGUGCGUUCCUCAUUAAAAGUGCUUGUCUGCUUGAUUGGCUGGCGAGUCUCUGAGUUUGUCAGGCACCAAGCAUGUGUCCUUGCCGGACGACCGUCAAGAAGCACGCCUUGCUCGCUGCUUCUGUGGGCUUAAAAGAUGAGAUGGCCGAGGCAUACCGCACCUGAAUGUAUAAACUGUCUGUUUAACAGUUGUGUGCAAGGUCUGGAAGAAGUCCACAGAGGAUUCGCGUUUCUCUUCUCAUUGUUCUUUAAGCAUGGCACUCACUUUUAUUUUGUGAACCUUUUCUAUGUUUUUUUUUUGGUAUGUUUUUUGCAAAAAAAAAUGUAAAAAAGAAAAAAGACAGUUCAGUGGAUAACUUUUUGUUGGCUUUGACAUAUCAGUUUAUUCAAGAAGGAGCACCAGUAGAAAGCAUGAUCCAGGUAGUGUAGAAGGACAAGUGUGUGUGUCCUCAUGUGACGCUGUAAGUAGAGCGUGUUGAGAGAGAGAGAGAGCUUAACUAGCUAGCAUGUGUGCUGCGUGCUGGUUAUCUCACAACCUGUUCUCCUGGCCGGAGAUAAAGCAGGGCAGUGGGCAGCUGUGCUCAGCCAGGUGUCGGUUGGGGGGAGGUGGAGGGCUGUGAGAGGGAGAUGGGGGCACAGCUGGGAACAGAGGUCCAUUCAGGCUGGCGCGAUAGGCAUCCAUCCCAGCAGGACCUCCAUAAAGCCUUUGCCCAUAGUAGAGAAAGCAAGAGAGAGAGAGAGAAAGCAUCUUAGGAGCGUCUUACAGGUGGGCUUCUUCUUCUCUUUUUACCUUAUCUGCCCUCACUCCCCUUAACCCCUAGGACUACAGGUUUAUUAUUCAAUAAAAUCAAAAUAUAAAAGCUAUGGUUUAGCCAAAAAUCAAACACAAAAAGCCCCUUGACCCAAAUGUAGCUUAUCAGUCUAGUUUACUUAUUUAACUUUAAUUUUGCUCCGGCUACUACUGGUCUAGCUAUGCUAUAUUCAUUUGGCUGAAUCAUCUUAUAUUCAAAAAUUCUAUAAAUUAUUCAUUAACAACUAUGAAAGCACUAUAAUUUUGUGCUCUGAUAUGUAGCUAUGAGCAUGAAUAUGGCUCCAUGUGUGUGGGCCUUUGGAGUUUAUAGGGUUUUAAAUACAAGAAGAAGGGCUGAGCCUGAACCUUGGUAACCCAAUCUAUGUGCUUCUGUUGCUGCUGCUUCCACCCCAGAGAGCCCAAUCAAUCCACUAUCGGAUACCCACCACCGGAGCUGUCCAUAGGGAGGGCUCAUUUCCGAUUUGCAGGAAGACAUCGAGACGUCCGUCUGUCGAGCUGUGCUCCGUUCCAUUCCUGCAGGACCUGUAGAUAUCCCUGGUCUGUAUGAGGGUCCACUAGACCACUUGAUUGAGCGGGUAGAGUCAGGAAUCUAAUGACAAUCAUGGCCUACAGAAAGAAUAUUUGUUUAUCAUUAUGCUCAUGUUUGUACUGUUACUGUCAUUUUAUUGUUUAUGUAGGUGUUUGUAACUCUUAUCUUUUGAUUAUCAGUAGUGUAACUUGUCUCAUAAUCGUUUUGAUAUUUAAAGGUGUGGGUGAUAUUUUUGAUCACUCCAAAACACAUCAGCAAGUCGUUAACGAGUUAACCAAUCUGUCCAUCCAAUCUGCUCACAGAGCUCGAUCAUGUUUUAAAAAGGUACAACAUGUGUGCUAUGCAUGGUCAAAGUGCAGCAUUGUAGUAGUUGUUCCGCAUCCUUUAGUGCUAUGGAUGCAAAGGUAUCGCAUUUAUUUGAGUAUCUUACGGAAGCAUGAGAGCUGUGAAGACUCGCACUGUAACAUCACGUAUUUAAUGGCUGCUAAUGAGAUUUGUAGCUCUCAGCAAUGUAACACCCUCGUCUUUGAGGCACCUUAUGACGCUGCUUAUGAUACAGCAUAUACUGCCACUGGGUGGGGAACUGUACUGUAAUCCCCACCUCUGUAAGUUUCACAUUUACUCUCAAUGGAAGGCACGUGAGAAGUUUAUAGCUGCUUCAUAGAGACAGCCUCAUCGAGAGUGUAUGAAUGCUUCACAUAGAGAUGUGGUCCAUGAAUGAUGACUUUACGAAUUACUUUUUCUUCACGAAAAAUGAUAAGUUGUACUUAAAACAAAUCUGGGCCUGAGUUUCCCAAAAGCAUCUUUUAGGGCGUUUUCACAUCUGUAAAUGGUUUGCUUUGGGCUGCAUCGGUUACAGAGUUUGUAAACUUGGAGCAGUUUUCCCACAUGAGAACUUUUUCUAAGCUUAUUGGUUAGACCUGUCUUGAGCAGGAAGUGAAUACAGAAUAAAGAAAUUGCAUUCUGAACUAAUGCACUAAUUUGUAUUUCAGAUUAAAUGGCACCUGCAUAAUUUAAAAAUAUCUUAGAUAGCUCAAAUAAGGUCUGAUCAUUGUUAGAUAAUGUUUUCUCCGCAAUUAAAGCACUUCAGAGUUUGUUUAGGACUUGACAAAGAUGAACUCUUUCAAGAUUAUUGACGAGUUUUUGAACCAAGGGUGAAAAUAAACACAGAUUCCAAUUUAACAAAAUAAAUGUGCAAGUGUGAAAACGCCCUUAGCGCAGAUAGCAUUAUAAAUUGAUAUUUUAAUGCUUAGCAAGGAAAGGCCUUCUUUUGUAGCUACUGAUGAAAGUUAGAUAAAUGCUUUGCAGAACAAUGCAUCUCAGUCUAACUAUUGAUAUUUUAAAUCUUAGAUCUAAUAUUGUCUUAGAUCUAUUAUUUUGAAGGUAACAAAUGUCUUCUCUAAACCAGCCAUUCUCCAAUAUUUUAAACUAUCUUCACCAUCUGCUUAGAUUAUCAUUAAUGUAAGAGUUUUUUGGGGAACUGGGUCCAGAUGGUGGUACAUUCGACAGCUGCCUGCUCAGCACCUUCUAAAAUGGGCUCUAAGACAGAAAGACGCAUGUCUCCUCUGUCUGCAGCAGCUAUUCUGCACCUCAUUAUAAUGGAGCGAGGCAAAUGUCACAAAAGUCAUCACAUCAUUUUUUGGUCAGAGAGCGAAGACGCGAUGAUGAUUUGAGAGUACAAGAGCAAGACACCUGCAGAGGAUAAUUGUGCAAUCCAGUAGGUGUUGAAAGAUCUUUCAAACAUGCAUGUUUAGCUUAAUGAGUACGUACAGUAUGUCAGCAUUGGUGAAAUUUCUUAUGAGCUCAAUCAUCUAUGGGUUGUUGCAGAGGGAAGUUGUUGCAGAGGGAGGGUGGGAGGUAAACCUGGGGUUUCUGGUUUUGGACCUGGGUUAAUUAUGUUUUUUUUUUUAUUAUUAUUAUUUAAUAUAUGUUUAUUUUACAUGUAUUGAUCUUUGGAUCUUUGAAUUGUCGUUCGACAGUAAAAAUAGAUUUUUUUUUGUUUUAAGCCCCUGAAAACCAUUGUAGCUUUGGCAGAAUGAAACAGAUCUCCAAGGGCUGAAGUUCAAUACUGACCUGUGUUCUUAUGUCUAUACUGUAUAUGUCUCUCUGUCACUAUGCAUCUGCAUAUUUUUGUGCAUAUCUCUGAGCUCCUUUUCAGAUUCAUUAGUAUGGCGGGGACUGUUUAUGUGGUUUAGUUCAACAAUGGUGGGAGGUCUGUCCCCUCUUGGUGUGAAUUGUCUGCUUAUGGGAAAUUGCAGUUUCUGUCUCCAUGGAAGCAUCAGCCGGUAUCUGAACCAUGUUAUUUACAUUAUGUAUGAGUGUGGUUGUUUGAUCUUCAGCUAUACAACUUAAUUUUUCCCUGCCUUUUCCGAGGUGCUUUCAGAUUGUAUGCAAUUUAGAUGAGGUUCUGCAGUGUCUUGAUUUCUGAAAAAUAAGCCCCACUCAAUGGUAUCCAUUAUAUCUAAUUGUGAAAAGGGUUAAUGCACUUUUUGUCUGUUUAGGCAGCUAAUAACAUGGUUUCAAAACAUGCCACAAUCGAAGAGCCAAGAAAGCAUAAAAAAAAACUAUUUUUAUUUUUAGUUUAUUAUUAUUAUGGUUAUUUUAUAAUCUUAUCAUUGUUUCUGUUGUUGUUGUUUUUUAUCAUUUCAUACAUUAGCACUAAAUUAAAUGCUGAGUCGUUUCAAAAUCUUUCAAAAAUUGUACAAAAGUCCUUGGAAUUUUUCACAUUAAAGAUGGAACAACCUUCAACAAUAUUCAUAAUCAUUUAUACUGUGUUUUCAAAAAUUCUCACAUUACACCACAGACCUGCAUCCGAUAUGUUGCCCACUUCAAAUCGCUGUUCAUGUCUUUGUACUUUUUCUGUUGUUGUUUUUGUUGUUGGUUUGUUUAAUUUGUCUUCAUAGCACUUACAUGUUUCAAUGUGUCAAUACCAUUUUUCUGUGUAACCCUAUCAUAAGCUAAAAGUGACAUAUGUGUUCUAAUUAAAGAUAAAAACAUGCCUUACCAUC